AUUUUGCAGGUUUUUUGCCUCUGCCCGGGAUAUCUUAUCCAUUCAAUGGGCUCUGGCAUGCCUUCAGUUUCCAAUUCUCCUUUUCAACUCUUUUCAGUGUGAUUUAGUUAUUUCUCUAUCCAACCAGGAUGGAUUAGACAUCAAGAGUGUGUUUUGCCUUUUCCCUGACCUCGGAGUGGUUGGGGAAAGAGACAUUGGCAUCACGGAAUUAUUGACCUCUCAGUUGCCACAACUCAUUCCUUGAGUGCUUUUUUUUCUGGUAAUCCUGAUUUCCAAGGAACUCUGAACCUUGCCAGCCCAUCGUCUACCAGCUUCAGUGACCUGUCUUGCAAACGGAGGACAAUUUCCCAUUCCACAUUAUGCCUGAUUUGGUCUCAUAGACCAAUACUUUAUCAUGAGAAUCCUCCCAUUCAUCUGAGUGGACGUGAAGACAUAGUGUAUGUGUGUAGAUACUCAUAGUAUGAUACCAAUUGUGCCUCUGAAUUACUAUCAUGUGGAAGAAAUGAUAGUGGGCAAAAUUUGCCCAUGAAGAUCUGCAUCAAGAUGUGCACUCCAUCAACAUCAUGCAAAGUGGGGGACUUUUGAGCCAGGAGGACAGGAGUCGCAAUGAAGUACUUGCGAGUUGUGUCCUUGCCGGAUGGGCUGCAGAAGUGGCUUGCUGCUGAACUGGAGUCACGUGGGAUUGAUGCUGUUGUGUAUGCCCACUAUGUCCUGUCUCUCCUGGCUCAAGACUCCUUGGACCCUUCAGAUCUUGAUCAAGACUUACCACCAGAUUAUUUGGAUGCUGCAUCAACACCCUUGCCAGGGAAGAAGUUAAAUAAGAAGUCAGCAAAGAAGAUGCGGAAAGAAGAUGGGGCUCGUCGAUCUUGGGAUUGCGAAGACCUCAAGCGUCAUGCAGCAGUAGAGUGUCUUCUGUCUGCAUCUGAUGAGACAUGCGGCAUUGAAAAACUGGUGGAUGAAUUAUGUGCCAAGCUGAAGGAGUUCCAGGAAUGUGAGAGCUUAGGGUCCAGGAAUAGUUUGCAAGUUGGCCAUUGUGACCGAGAGCCACUCCAGGGCAGCAGCAAUCCCGUAUCACCAGAGGAGCGUGCCAAGCAGUAUUUUGCUGCAUUCCCGGCUCUGAGUGAUGAAGAAGAUCAGCCUGUUGUUAGGGAAAAUGAAGAAUCUGUUUGGAAUGGCAAGGCAAAUCUGGAAAUGAAACAUGAAGAAAAGCAAUGGGAACAUGGAAGCCAGAAAGAGUCUAUGGCACACAGACGCAAGGUUCUAGGUCCCUUGAAUCAAGUCUUCAUUGUUCCCCAUUUGAAUGAAAAAUCAAGCAAGAAGUUCCUGGUCCCAUCCUGGAUUGCACAUUUAUCUGAAGGAGCUGUUAGUGGGAAAAAGAUUGAUCAGAGUCUCAAAUGGGAUGCUGAAAAUUCAUGCCCAGAAACACUGAAAGAACACAUCCAGAAAACUUCAUCAGAAGGUAUUGAUCGCAAGGGCAGCUGGAAUGGUCUGAAGGCAUGGGAUGGAGAGGAACUCCCACCCCCAGUAAAAUUCAGAUGUCAGAAAGCAGAGAAUCCUGAUCAGAAACAAGGUGGAUCUCAUGAUUCUUCCAUGGAAAAGUUUAUGUCCAAGUUUGAUGAGCGUUUGGAGUCCCUCUGGUCAAAUCCCAGCAAUGUACCCCCUCCAGGAUUUAGCCACAUUCAGCAUUCACUUGCAGCCUUUCCAGCUACCUCAUCCCCUCUUCUCCCUGAAGCACAUGGCUCUGUGGGAAGCAAGGAAGAUGCAACAGCAUUCAAAGAUGGAGUCUUCUUUGGUAAUGUUGAUCAUGACAUCCAUCCACCAGAUGUGAACAGCAGUGACAGCUUGAAGAGUAUUUGGUCAUCCCAGACUGACACCAAUUACAUUUGGUCAUCUCACUUGUCAUCACCUCUCCAGGGUGACACUCUUCAGAGCUGGUUCAGUAAGAGAGGUGAAAUGAAACCAGAAGUCGUGAAUAUGAUCGGUGGGAAUACUGAGCAUUGCUUAUUUGAUCGAGACUUUCCAAGAGUAGAAGGCUUUGGCAAAGUUCUUCCAAGCAAUGACAAAGGAUUUCUCUAUCACAAGGGAGAAAGUUGCUUUGAAGAAGUGAACAACAAAUGGCAAAUGGCUGACUUGCGGGAGGAUCUCAGCACGGUCCUGACCAAAUUCGCUCAGUCAGAAUGUGCUGACAUCUCCAAAGAGCCCGGUCGAUCUGAAGAGAAUCUCCUUACAUCUCCUAAGACCCACUUUAAGCCCAUUAAGCAGGAGAGCCUGGAUGUAUCCCAAUCUAGUGAUCGUUAUGAAGAUGGUGCAACAUUCACCAUCUCUUCAGAAGAUGAAGAUGAAAAGCCUCAGUUUGUCCAGGAGGAGAAUGGAUAUUACCUCACCAUUCGUGGAGGUAAAUGCAGUUCCCGCAACUCCCCUGAGAAGUUCAUGAUUUUCCACCCAACAGCCUCUAGGCCAGAGAAACCUGAUCCUGACAUGACAUUAGAUUGGCAAUUCAUUGAGAAGGAUGCAACUGUCUCACUUCAUGAUGGAAGGAUUUCAAGGGAUGCCUCUGCAGGGUUUUGCCCCAAGUUCAAGUUACGAAGUUCAGCCUUGGAGAAGAAAUGCCAGACUGACCAGAUGUUAGAUCCCAAGGAAGGAAUAGAAUCAGGAGCCAGGAAUGCUUCACAUGGCCCACAACACCCUCUUUCUACUUAUUCUGAUGAAUGGAUCUUUAAACAGACACAGUCAGUCAAUAGACACUUGCUGGCCCCAAGGCAUCUUCCAGAAGAAAUCCCGCUUCCAGAUCUUGGAUAUCAGAAGUGGAGUAGAGCUGAAGGAGAACCCAAUGAUGGAGAUUCUCAUGAACCUGAAGACUCAAGUGAUGUCCCUGUGGAAUUCCUUGAGGGUGCCCUAUAUGAUUCCAUGUUUUGUUUUGAUCUUGAGCAAUUGAAGGCCCAAGUAUCAGGUCCUAUACCUAACUUUCCCAAGCAGAAGAGGGGAAUCAUGUACUCUGAUGAGUUGGAGGCAGCUUGGAGGGAAAAUGACCUGAAGCUUCAUCGCACCAAACGACUUCGGUCAAAAUUGGUGAUGCAGCGCCCAUGUUCAUUCUUCUUGGAAGGAACCUGUCGCCGUGCAGAUUGCCGAUUUUCUCACGAUCUCGCUUCGAUCCCGUGCCGGUUCUGGGAGAAAGGUGCAUGCUUCAAAGGCUAUCUUUGCCCGUUCCUCCACGCCACGCAAGACGCCGAUGCCACUCCUCUUCCCGAAACCUUGAAGAGUGUCCGUUUGCAGCAGGGAUUCGAGCUGAGAUCUGAGGCCGAUUUCCCCACUCUUGCUCAUCCUCCUGCUCCCUCACCAGAAAAGGCAAGGGAUCCCUGCCAGAGUGAUCUCUGUAAAAGCGAAGAUCCCUGAAUAAGAGUCGUUAGGCAUGGUCAUCUCGACCACGGAAACCACUUAGUCCUUCCUGCUUCCCUGCAGAUGAUGUCCGAUGAGAAUGCACGAGAGGUGAAAGGCGCCAAGCGCAAGCAUCACGGUUCCUCCUCGAAGGAGUCCACUUCAAAACCGCUGUGCAAAUUUGUGGCAAGGCAAUUGCCAAGCACUCGCGCUAAGAAGCAGAGUGGUUAAGCUUGCUAGCUCUUUGUUUCCUGCUUAUUUUUCCCUUUUCUUUUGGUUUGGUCUCUCCUGCUGAAAAAGGCCAUGCCACUCGCACUGCUUCUCACGGUAUGAAUGUGAAAGCUGUCUAGGUUUAUGCAAUUUGCUCUGGUAGGCAGGACCCCAGAGAGGUAUGAGUUUUUGCUUGUGCUUUCCCAGCUGAAGUUGACCAAGAGUGCUUGAUGCUCCCACGUUGUUGUGGUGUGGUAGUUUGUCUCACAGCCCCCCACAAAUUUAUUCAAACCUCUUAACAUGUACUCCAGGGUAACAUGCGUUCGAGCUGAUGUACAAUGUAUUCCAGUUACAGCAAGAUAAUCACGAUGAAUAAUCUUUUCAUGCCUUUAUAAUCUUGAUGAACCCCUCAGCUUUGUGCAUCUUAUGAUUGUCAUACCUAAGCACAUAGUCUUCUCCCCUCUCCUGUAUGAUUGUAUUCAAGAAGUUUAGUAAUUUCUCUUUCUGUUCCUAUUGAGAUUGUUGCAGUUAGGACUACUGUGUCCUUCAUUGAUAUGUUUGGUGAUUUAAUUUGAAUGUGUGGAUGUGCAUUCACUUUGUGGCAGUGAUGGUGAUGAGAAUGAUGAUGAUGAUGUUUGUCGUCGUCGCAUGGCCAGUAGAUUUGUGUGAAAGAGACCCCAGAGUUGGCUAGAUUUUCACCCGAAGCAUGAAUCUAGUCGUCUCAGAUCUACCAGCUCAUCUCAUGCUAGAGCCACAAGGUGACAAAACCCUCCUGUGAAUGUCUCAGAAGCAUGCCACUGCUUCCUCUUUCCUUUCUGCUUUGGAAACUCCUUACUGUACCUGAUAGUGAGCAUGUGCAAUCGUGCAACAAAUUAUGAGCAACAAGAGAUGCGAGGUUCCGUACGGACACACAAACGACAUUGCAAAAGGGAGUGGCAUGCUGGACCUAGGCCUACCCGCAGGAUGAUGCAGGGCCGUACCCGUUCGGCAAUCAUUUCUUUGGCAAAGGAACCUUUCGCCAUCUUGAGAGUUUUUAUGUAUCGUGUAUCUCGAGUGGCACCCGGUUUCCUUCUAUGUCGGAAGUAUUUUGGACUAGGAGAUGAUGCCUCAUUCAGAACCGAGCAAUAAUCAGCCACAAGCCCUCUCCCCCAUGAGAUUUGCCAUUAUUGUGAUAGUUCUCGUCAAAUAGUUUCGGCCGGAAUGGUUGAUUUUCUAAUUGAUGCGUCUGCAGGUCAUGGCUGAUUUCCUUAUUGACGUGUCUGCUAGGACAUACUCAUCCUAUUGCUUCGUUUCUUUUCUUUUCUCUCCCUCUUCAUUUAUCGUCUUUUUGUCUCGUCAUCGCCUCGGUCUUCCCCUGUCCCUUUUUGCCUCUGCGAUUCUCGAAAGCCACCCGUCCCAGAGCCCCCUCUGGCGACGAAGGGCGUAGUCUCGGCUUCAGCUCCUUUUCUCCCCCGAAAACAGUAUUUAUUUUUGGAGAAGCCGAGCUGAAACCGACGAGGUAGUCGACCGCACUCGACACCGCGAGAAGGUGCCACCGAGGAUGCCACUGCCUCCUCGAACGCGGCAGCUGCCGGAGGGAGCCACAAAUACUCACGUGAAGGGAGGAAGGGGGGGGGGAGAGGGAGGGAGAGACCCCCUUCGUCUGAUUUCAGAGGGCCGGGUGGUGAUCCCCCAUUAUAUGAAGUUGUUUCGAUUUGCAUGCGCCCGCGUCGUCAUCACCCGGCUCUCGGAGCUAUGCGUCCGUGCUCCCGUCGGCUUGGCGUUUAGUUCAUCCUCGGUUUCUCGUCUUUUGAAGAGAGUGAUUCGAUAUCGGCAUGGUAUUUUUGAGUUCGUCACCUAAUAGUCUCAUUUACCCCGGAUGUGAUGAAUUGGAAAUUUGAGAGCUACUGGAUGAAUAAAGCCAGAAAAGAGGACUGAAGCAA